AUCACCAACUGCAAUUGCAAGAGAAAGUUGUGUAUGCGGCAUUUUUUUGGGGGAACAAUACAAUUGGAGACCACAUGUGUGUCCGAUGCUGAAAGAGGGAGCGCAAGAAGGAUUGUGGACAUAUUGCUAUCCGGAGUUAAGUUGCACAGAGAAAGAGAAUAGUGGGAACUCAUCAGUAAACUAUCGAGUACAAAAGAUGGUGAAUAACGGUCCACAGGACACAGUGGUAGUGAUGGAUUAUGUGUCAACACAGCUACAGCAGGAAAAUGCGAGGAAAAUGAGGAAUCGUAUAAGAAAAAAGUUAUUUGCUGCUAAACUUCCAGGGACAACCUUGGGUACGGUGCUUGCAGCAAAGGUUUCUACCGAAGUUUUCAUCAAGAUUUCAACAGCAGUGUCAAUAUUCAGUUAUAAUUUGUUCUUCUGGAUGGGUGCUCAAUGUUACGACCUUGGUGAAAUGGAAAAUGAUACAGCGGAUGAAAACAAUUUUGGUGAAACGGGGGAGCAAGAUGAUACAGCGGAUGAAAACGAAUCUGGUGAAACGGGGGAGCAAGAUAACGAAUCUGGUGAAACGGAGGGGCAAGAUGAAAAGGGUGAAGAGAAAAUUGAUGGAAAGUGUGGAAAGCAAAUUUCAGAGGUAAAGAAAGCAGUAGAAGCGGUUCUAAAACUAUUACCUUUAUGGCUCACAUUCGCAUCUACAUGUUAUCUGGUUAAUGCAACGGCUGAGUCUUUCUUCAUGGAACAAGUUGAUUAUCUAGAGAACAAUACUGAAAGCUUCAAGAUUCCUAAAUCCGUUUUCUUUUCCUUUCCGGAUAUUGUCUCCCACAUAACUUGGCAGGUGAGCGAUUAUCUAGUCGAGCAGUUCCAUGAUGAAAACAAAGAAGCGCGGUGGGCUAGGCUCCUCAGAAUCAGCAUUGGCAUGCUUUUUUCCUCUUUGUGUUGCAUAGUAGCUUCUCUUGUUGCUCACAGAUUGGAUUCCAAUUAUAAUUCUGCCAGCAUGUUGUGGCUUCUGCUCCAGUUUCUUCUCUGGGUUGGCAGUGACAAUGACAUUAGCAAAAGUCAUCUUGACAAUUACUAUCGCAUGCUGGCAAUUAUAACCUUAUCCUCCACAUUUGUGUUCACCGUUGUUGGCAUUGCCUAUGAAUUACGGGAAAAAGAGGAUACGGCGAAGAGUGGGAAGAAGGGCUGAAGCUCAACAAUUAAUUUUCUGUUUUGGGUAUUUUGUGCUUGACUGUUUCUUUGGAUGGUUUCUUAGAUUCCUUGCGCAUUGGUGUAUUUAGCU